GGAUCACUGUCGCCCCGUUGUGGCCAGUGUGGAACUGCUGCAAUCAUGGAGGUCGUGGGUCUCCGGAGAACUCCAAAUCGGCUCAGCCUGGACGAUAUGCCGUGCGAAAUCCUCAUAAACAUAUGUUCCUACCUGGACUACCAAGACCUGCUCCGGUGCAGCCGCCUGAGCCGUCGGCUUCGGGAUGUCUGCGCCCACGACCCCCACUGGCGUGGUCUCUGCUGGAAGUACUGGCUGGAGACAGAGUUACCAGAGGGCGCCACGUGGCGAUCGCACUUCCAAGAGCUGUACCACGACCUACGGCGGUACGUGCACUGCUACGCAGCCAUGAAGGCCGCCUGGCAGAAGAUCAAAACCUUCAUGCAGCAGUACUGUCCGGUCAUCGCACAAUCCAUCAAGGGUAACGUCGGGACAACGGAGGAGCAGCUCGACGCAGCCGAGCGCAAGCUGGGCGUGCGCUUUCCGGACGACCUGCGGUGCUGCUACCGGAUCCAUAAUGGGCAGCGACUAGCUUCACCAGGGUUGAUGGGCAGCAUGAGCAUUCCGACGCACUACCGCUCGGAAUCCCUUUUGGACCUGGAGACGGCCAUUGCGGGAUUCCAGAGCAGGGAUGGCCUACAGGGCUGCAUGCCGCUGACCUUCUGCCUGCACUCGGGCCUGACCCAGUUCAUUGCGCUACACGACACGGACGGCCAUGCACCAGGGUGCGUCUUCUACCCAUCGCAAGACCUCACCCAGGGCGUGCGGGGGCACCCGCUCGACGCCUUCAUCACUGCCCGGUCCUUCCAGGAAUGGUUCACGGGUUACGCUGACAUGCUGGAAAACAACGAGUUUGUGGUAGUCGACAACCAGCCCUAUAGGUUCUACCACGUGCCAGGCUGCGAGCUGACAACGGACAACAUCACCGUCUCCGUCGCAACGUGCUUCAUGCCGGAGCUGAGCAGCGUGAAUCCCCCGCACUUCUUCCACACGUACCGGAUCACGAUGUCCAUGUCGGAGGAGGCGUCGGACCGCGAGAGCUGCCAGCUGGAGACGCGCCACUGGAUCAUCACCGAUGAGAAUGGGCUGGAGGAGCGUGUUGACGGCCGAGGCGUGGUGGGCGAGUACCCCGUGAUGAGCCCUGGCGCCUACUUCUCCUGGGUGAGCUGCACCAGCCUGAGCACCACCUUCGGCAACAUGAAGGGGCACUUUGUCAUGCGCAACCUGCACACUGGCGAUAUGACCGAGGUUCACUGUCCCGUGUUCAACAUGAAGUGUCUACCGUACGUCACGUCGGCCGAGCGAGAAGCCAUCAAGCGGCAACGGGAUGCCGUCAAGAAGGCGCAGUGAUGCCCGUUGCCUUCUCCCGAUUCGACUUAACACGUCAAGGUUGCUGCCUCUCUUGUUGCCAUCGCUGAGUCAACGUGGCGGAUGCUGUCUGCUCUUCUGUGUCACUCACGGCAUGGCCCUGCGACGUUUCCUUAACACCAAACUGCUUCUGUCUCAACAACCGCCGUGCUCUGGUUCAGUCAGGGCGCCAGUAAACUGAUUGUUGUGACCAUGGGAUUAACACUGGCUGCCUGAAGCAUAAAAACAGGAUGUUUCGGGCCAUCUGGUGCAUCGUGGCCGUGGUAUCAGCAUGGCGAUGCAAUACCAAUAGGAUUUUUUUUUUUUUUGCGUGUUUGCUUAGUUAUCUGCGUGUUGGGCCCACAUGAUAGGUGCAUUGGCAUAAAUAUCGUUUUUCUCACAGUGGAGAACGGUGAACAGAAGAUUUUCUUUUAUUCUAGUUUGAGGGGUUCUCAAGAGGUGGCGCUGCAGGGCAGCUGAGUUUGACACACUUGGUGCGACAGCUUUCAGCAGCAGCAACGAUGUUGAAAUAGUUGUUGUUCGGUGCCGUGUUGAUAAGAAGUGGUAGCGUCUACGAAAGGUUGUGCAGCUGCCAAGGUGGUGUCACGCACACUGUUUUUCUUAAGCCGGUCUCUAGGAGAUAAAAAAGCCUUUCUGAGCUAUCAGUCGAGGCUUCUCUCUCUCUCUCUCUUUUUUUUUUUUCUUUUGUUAUAUCGGGAAGAGGCCUUCUGCCCCACGAGAUUGGUCUGCUAAAAUCCCAAGUUCACAUCUUGCAAUACAGACAUAAAGACAUUCUCGUAGCUUGCUAGAGGUUUUGUUUUAGACGCAGAUGAGGUGUUGAAAGUACAGCCUCAUAGACUUUUAGCAUACACUGUUACCUGGGUAGAUUUAUUAUUAUUUAUUGCAAGUUUUGACUGCAAACUUGCGAGACCUAACGGUGCAAGCUUACUUUUUUUUUUUCUUGCCUUCGACGCUUUCUGUACCAUAGGUGUUUUGUUUGACCUUAAAGAGCUUUACACAGGUUGGCACGUUUCAUUCUGGUCCAUUUUAGCGCAAUCUAGGAACGUGUGCAACUGAUUGAACAUGUUUGAUAUAUGCUAUCAGCAUGAAUUCAAGUGCAAACAACAUGAUAAGCACUAUACUGGUUUGUUGAAUUGUCAGCUUUGCCUGCACUUAUAACACUGGCUUUGUUCAGGUUCUAAAACAUAGGUUUCGGACUGCGUCGUGGUUAGGAACUGGCCGUGGAGCAGUUGCAAGUCGCACUUCCAUGUAAUUAUGCAUAAUAGGUGCUUUUUUUUCUGUUUUUGACCUGCAAGACUUGCGCCAGUGGUGGUGCUCCGCGGAGCGAUGUAACGGCUCCCGUGUUCCCACUAGGUGGCCACGCCUGUAAGUGCAGAGAUUCAUAGUUUUUAGCAACAACAGGAGACAAACUGUGGUGACGAGGCUCUGUUCUUUGCUCGCAUUUCAAGUCGUGCAUUACUUUGUCAGCAAAUUGAUUGUGUCAGUUAGUUUAUUGUUCUCAUUUUCUAAGCUUAGAGUGCAUCCUGUGGGUGGUUUUCACUAACCAUAAGGUAAAGGAUGUGCAUGAAAUGUGUACAUAACUAGGAAGAACUAAGUCGGCUGUUUGUCUGACGUGAAACAUGCUAAAUGCGUGCCGGAGAUGUUGCAUCUUACUUGAUAAUGUGCGGAUAUCAUGAGCAACUCGUGCGGUGUCAAAGAUAGCCCUCUGCCUAAUUGACUGACGAGCCUGCUUCUCGGCGUUGCACUUUUUGCCGAACACUGUACGGGCAGUGUUUUCUGCGUUUUUUUUUUUUUUUUUUCCUCUGGCAUGCGAUUUCAUUGCAGGAGCUGCGUUAACAUCUCGCACAUUUCGAGACACGUUGGCCGCACAUACACAGCGACUAAUUUAAAUAUUGGCUGUGCCACAAUCAGUUUCUCAAAACUGCGUUGCGGGCCCGCCAGCUUAUCCAGGAAAGGGCCUGUUUUAAAAUAUUUGUGUAAAAAUAUGCAAAGUUGAUGUGAACAGCAUAGACACUGUGCGUUUUUUCUUUUUUUUUUUCCAUACCCUUUGACCAACAAGGGAAGCAAAUGUUGUAAAUACAGAAAAGUAAAUAAAGACGUCUGCAAUUUGG